AUGUCCAACGAAUCAACCAACUACACGGUGGCCGACUUGAUACCGCGCAUUCAAUCCAACAUUGACAGUCUCGAGUACCCUGCAGCCUACGCGUUUUGUAAGAAGGCUCUCGAGCUUGAACCUAGCAAUGCCGAGUUGCUUGAAGUCACCGGCCAAGUCGAAAUGGAGUUGGAACGUUUCCAAGAAGCUCGUGACCAUAUGUUGGCAGCUAUCCAAGUCAGCCCCGAAUCAGGCUAUAGCAAAUACAUGUAUCUCGGCCAAAUGUCGGUUGAGAAAGAAGCCAUCCAAGCGUUUGAAAAGGGUGUCCAAUUGAUGAUUAAGGAGCGAGAACAACAAGCUGAGGGAUCUGAAGGAUACAUGCUAGUAUCAGCCAAGAUUGCAAGUGCAUUAUGCUCCAUGACCGAGAUCUAUCUUACAGACUGCUGUUUUGAACCCGAGGCAGAACAAAAGUGUGAGGAGUACCUUGAACAAGCACAGCAAAUCUCCCCCGAGACACCUGAAGUAUAUCAAUUAUUGGCAUCAGUACGACUCAGCCAACAACGCAGCGAGGAAGCUAUAUCAAUUCUUCAACAAAGCAUGUCAUUAUGGAUGAACAAGGAAUUUGGUGACCCAGCAAUACCCAUCUACGAUUCACGAUUGUCACUUGUACGCCUAUUGCUUGAAAUCGGCAUGUUUGAACAAGCAUUCACUGUACUCGAGGGAUUGCAAAAGGAAAAUGAUCAGGUGGUGGAUCUCUGGUACUUGUAUGGUUGGGCAUAUUAUUGCCUUGGUGACGAUGAGCACACAUCACAAGAGGAACGACAGGGUCAUUGGGAAGAUGCACGCGAUUGUCUUGAAACGGCGGUAAAGUUGUUCUAUACUGUGGGCAGUGACGACCAAGCCAUGUUUGAUCAUAGUCAAGAAUUGAUAUCAAUCAUCAACCAAGUGGUACCUCCAUCAGCUCCUGAGGAAGAGCAACAGCAACAACAACAGGCAACAGGCGACGACAUUGAUUUCGAUGAUGACGAUGACGACGCUAUGGAAAUGUAA